AGGAAAUGUGAGACGUGUAUGUUUUUGCGUCACGUAAAUAACCGAUGGGUUCCUAUCGGAAUUGCAACAGUUGGUGGCUUUCCAUUUGGACCCCAAUCCGAAUGUUUUCCCACUACGCUCCUCCCCGCCAUUUCCUUCUCCUCCUCAACUCUCUCUGAACAUGCCAAUCUUUGCUGCAACACUCGGAUCUGUCUUUGCUCAUUCCUUUCUCUCACUCCUCGCCUCCACUACUGAUGGGGCUUCUUCAACCUCCUUCAUUUUACCCCAAAAAUCCCCCUCUAAACGCCCUUCCAACUUCCCCGCCAGAGUUUCCCUCUCCGGGAAACCCGACCCUAUUGCCGGAGUUCUGGACACUUCCCCUUCCUCCCCGGAAUCACUUCGACGUGCGCGGAGAUCUGCUGAUUGGAAGGCAGCGAGGGAAUACCUUGAUAAUGGAUUUAUCUACGAGGGUAGGAUUGAAGGUUCAAAUGCUGGAGGUUUACUUGUCCGAUUUUAUUCUCUUAUGGGGUUUCUUCCAUUCCCUCAAUUGAGCCCGUCCCAUUCUUGUAAAGAACCAUACAAGAGUAUUCAAGAUAUUGCAAAAAGCUUAAUUGGUUCGCUUAUAUCAGUGAAGGUAAUCCAAGCAGAUGAGAGAAACAAGAAAUUGAUAUUUUCAGAGAAGGAAGCUGCGUGGUCAAAGUUUUCUGAGCAAGUUGGUGUGGGAGAUGUCUAUGAAGCUAGAGUUGGAUCUGUGGAGGAUUAUGGUGCCUUUGUACAUCUACGUUUCUCUGAUGGUCUUUAUCAUCUUACUGGGCUAGUACAUGUAUCAGAAGUUUCAUGGGACUUAGUUCAGGAUGUAAGAGACAUAUUAAGUGAGGGUGACGAAGUGACAGUGAAAGUCAUUAAUGUUGAUAGGGAUAAGUCCAGGAUCACAUUGUCGAUCAAACAACUCGAGGAAGAUCCACUCUUAGAAACAUUGGACAAAGUAAUACCGCAGGGUGGUUCUGCUGAACCUGAUUCUUUCGGACCUAAAAGCGACAGCGAAAUUAUGCCCCUCCCUGGACUUGAAACAAUAAUUGAAGAGCUACUGCAGGAAGAUGGUAUUGUAGAUAUUUGUGUCAACCGGCAAGGAUUUGAGAAACGGGUGGUUUCGCAAGACCUACAGCUUUGGCUAUCAAAUGCACCUCCUGUUGAAAAGAAGUUCACUCUCCUUGCUCGUGCCGGGAGGCAGGUUCAAGAAAUACAGCUGACAACAUCACUCGAUCAGGAAGGUAUAAAAAGGGCACUGCAGCGAGUGUUGGAACGUGUCCCAUGAUUUCGAAAACAUAGUUCAUUUUGUUCGAUUUUGUAUGAAGCUGCCUGUAAAGAAGAUGAUGUCAAUUCAAUUGUUUCCAGUAAGUUGUAUAUUUCUGGUCUUUACAUCUAUUCUAAUGGUAAAAGUAAAAGCUGUUGUGAGCAAGAAUGCUCGAUCAUUGUCUUAUAUUUUUAUAGCCUUGCUUGGAA